AUGGCAAACGCAGGAUUAGGUGUUCCGAUCAAGCUUUUGCAUGAAUCUUUGGGACACAUAAUCACGGUUGAGUUGAAGACUGGACAACUUUACAGAGGAAAGCUCGCCGAAGCUGAAGAUAAUCUAAAUAUCUCUUUGAAAGAUAUCACUGUUACCGGACGAGAUGGACGAGUAUCUCAGCUUGAUCAAGUAUACAUCCGGGGGAGUUCAAACGAGUUGGACCAAAUGCUAUGA